AUGCCAUAUGAAGGAUGGAGAGUGCCGAAUUUUCACGAAGGAUACCACCCAGGUAUGAGAAGAAGAAAUCCACAUGAAGAAGAGCGGAAAUUUAAUCCAUGUGUUAGAUAA